AUGUCCGCCUACCAGACGAACAACUCCGUCGAGGUGCGCCGUGCCGAGUGCGCGCGGCUGCAGGCCAAGUACCCGGCGCACGUCGCCAUGGUGGUGGAGGCCGCCAGGAGCAGCAAGGCGCACUUCCUCGCGCUGCCCCGCGACGCCACCGUCGCCGAGCUCGAGGCGGCCGUGCGCGCCGCCCUCAGCAUCAGCGCCACGAAGAUGUCGCUCGCCGUCGACGGCUGCACACCAGCCGCCGCCGCCACCGUGGGCGACCUCAGUGACGCUUGCAAGCACGCCGACGGCUUCCUGUACGUGGCGGUGCGUGCGGAGAAGGCGAUGGGCGCUCUCGCUGUUCCCUGCUUCGCGAGCGACACCAUUUAA